AUGGGGCUUCUACCACUGGUACAAGAACAGACACCACCAAGGUCCUGUGAUGUCCUGAAGUUUUGGACUGCUUGUCCUUCUUGUAAACUAAGGCAUCUGUAUCCUUUACACAUUAUGGGCAUACCAAUAAAGUGUACUAGAGAAAGUUGCAAGGCAGAUUUUUUUGCUUAUGGCGACAUUGCUCAGGAAACAAAGUCGGAAAAAUGUGUGGUUUCACCAAAGAAAGAGGACCAGAGUCACAGUCGUCAAAAUGUUCCCCUAGCAAGUACUGCCAAGAUCUUGUCCUCUUGUAAGGGAGAAGUAUCACCGUCGUUUAUAGAGACAGGAGUGACCGUUGAGGUGGGUGGAAAUUCCAAAGGGGGAGAAGGUGUGAGUAAGUGCAUGGAAAGUAUAAAAGGAAGAAAAAGGUUCCGAGAACUUGAACAAGAAGGAAUCUCCAGUGAUGUUGAAGAAAUUCUACCAACGGAAUUCGCAAAUUCUAUGGGACGUAAGAAAAAAGGAAAGCAAGUUGCUGCUGCUGAUGGACUCGAAGGUGCUAAUGGGACUGAUUCGAGAUGUUGUCUUAAAAACAAGCUUGAUCAAGACAUGAAAAAAUUUGCAAAAUGUAAAGAAUGUAAGAAGAAAGGAAAGCAAGUUGUUUCAGCCGAUGAUGAAGGACUCGGAGGUGCUAAUGGGAUUGAUUCGAGAUGUUGUCUUAAUAGCAAGCUUGAUCAGGACAUCACUGAGGUUGCUGAAACAGAUUUCUAUGAUUUCGACAAGUAUAAGAGAGAAGAGUGUUUUGCAGCUGAUCAGAUGUGGGCUUUAUACGAUGAAACUGAUUCCAUUCCUAGAUACUAUGCUUGGAUCAAUAAGGUUUACUCACCUGGUUUCAAGGUACAAUUCACCUGGUUAAAUUACUCAACCUUUAAUGACCAAGAUGGGAUACGGUGGAAUGGGAAUGGACUGCCAGUUGCUUGUGGAAAUUUUGUAUACGGUGAGACUGUAGACACUACGGCUAUUGAUACAUUCUCUCACAGGAUUGAGUGGGCAAAACGUACCAAGAAAGGUUCUUACAAUAUAUAUCCUAGAAAAGGUGAAACUUGGGCUCUUCUCAAGGAUUGGAAUGUUAAAUGGGAUUCUGAUCCAGCCAACCAUAGGAAGUACAACUAUGAAUAUGUUUAA